UGCAAAAUCGCGGACUGUAGGUUACACUUUGGGAAAUGGCGGGAGCUCAAUGAAAGUAACACAACAACGUCACAACUCACUAGUCACUACACAAAAAUACAAGGAAUUCAACUUUCGCAUUUCUGUUCUCUCUUGUAGUGCACGAUUCACUUUCUCUCUGGUUUUCUAUCUCUACCUUUAUUUUCUUCCAUUCAUUACUUGCAAAAAAGCUUCAAGUAAUCAUGGAAGAUGCUGUUGCCGCCACUUCAGAAGCAUCAGUUCGCCGUUCUAAACGUAACAGAACCGGGAAAUUAUAUCGCGAAGUUAGCGACCAAAGCCCUAAUGAUCCUGGUAGGGAUGAUUCUUUUGACGAUGUUGAGGAAGUUCGUCCUAAAGCUAAGCGGAAUCGUGCUGUGGAGCCUGCUAAUAAUGUGAAUUUCGACCAGAUUAGCUUGAUUGAGGCUAUUAAAGGGAGCAGGAAAAAUAUACCUCCAAUAGUCAAGGUUUGGGUUGAGCUUUAUGAGAAGGAUAAAAAACAAGCAAUGCUUGACCUUUUGUCUAUGUUAUUUGAGUCAUGUGGUGCAAAAUAUGACAUGGAGGGUGAUCCCUUUGAGGAGAUAGAUGUUGAUAAUGUAGUGAUUGCUUUGGUCAAUCUUGCAACAAAGGGUGAAGUUGAAGAUUACCAAAGCUCAAAAAGAAAGGACUUCAACAACAUGAAAGAUAACCUAGUUUACUUUUGGGAUAAUUUGGUCACCGAGUGCCAGAUAGGGCCAUUGUUUGAUGGGAUGCUUUUUGAUAAAUGCACAGACUAUGUGAUUGCUCUAUCAUGCACCCCGCCACGAAUUUAUCGCCAAGUUGCUUCUUUGGUUGGGCUUCAACUUGUCACAUCAUUCAUUACAGUGGCAAAAAUGCUUGGUUCACAGCGUGAAACUACGCAGAGGCAGUUAAAUGCUGAAAACAAGAAACGAGCAGAGGGUCCUCGAGCGCAGUCUCUCAAUAAAAGAUUGAUGUCUACUCAUGAAAAGAUAACAAUAAUAGAAGAGAUGAUGGACAAGAUAUUUAAAGGGCUAUUUAUGCAUCGUUAUCGAGACAUCGAUCCCAAUAUUAGAGUUUCCAGCAUACAGUCAUUAGGUGUCUGGAUCUUGUCGUAUCCAUCAUUGUUCCUGCAGGAUAGAUAUCUUAAAUAUCUUGGGUGGACAUUGAAUGACAAGAAUGCUGGUGUCAGAAAAGCUUCGGUUGUUGCAUUGCAAAGCCUGUAUGAAGUUGAUGAUAAUGUCCCAUCACUUGAUCUUUUCACACAAAGGUUUUCCAACAGAAUGAUUGAACUUGCUGAUGACAUUGAUAUUUCUGUGGCUGUGAGUGCCAUUGGGUUAUUGAAGCAAUUGUUAAGGCAUCAGCUUUUACUGGAUGAUCACUUGGGUCCUUUGUAUGAUCUUCUUGUUGUUGAGGCCCCAGAAAUUAGACGAGCAAUAGGGGAGCUGGUCUAUGAUCACUUGAUUGAGCAGAAAUUUAAUACUUCACAGCCCCAAUCUGCAGAUAGCGACUCUUCUCUGGUUACCCUCGGUAGAAUGUUACAAAUACUGAAGGAAUUCUCACGCGAUCCUCUCCUAAUAACUUACGUCAUUGAUGAUGUUUGGGAGUACAUGAAGGCCAUGAAAGAUUGGAAGUGCAUAAUUUCUGUACUUCUGGACGAAAAUCCUUCUAUCGAGCUGACUGAAAUUGAUGCGACUAAUUUGAUCAGACUCCUUUGUGCAUCUGUCAAGAAGGCUGUUGGGGAGAGGAUUGUACCUGUUACUGAUAAUCGGAAACAAUACUAUACUAAGGCUCAAAAGGAAGUUUUUGAAACAAACAAGCAGGAAAUUACCGUGGUGAUGAUGAAAAACUACCCCCAGCUUCUGCGAAAAUACGUGGCAGACAAUGCCAAAGCACCAUCAUUAGUUCAAAUUGUUCAGUAUAUGAAUCUUGAGCUUUAUUCUUUAAAGAGACAGGAACAGAAUUUUAAGACUGUACUCCAACUGAUGAAGGAGGCUUUUUUUAAGCAUGGAGAUAAGGAAACUCUUAGGUCUUGUAUUCAGGCUAUGCACUUCUGUUGUGUGGAGUGCAAGGGAGAGCUGCAAGAAUUUGCAAACAAUAAACUAAAGGAAGUCGAGGAUGAACUUAUGGAGAAGCUAAAGGCAGCUGUAAAAGAAGCAAUGGAUGGUGAUGAUGAAUACCCUAUUCUCGUGAACUUAAAAAGACUAUAUGAGCUUCAAUUGUGGAGAUCUGUACCUAUUGAUAACUUAUUUGAUGAUUUUUCCUCCAUGCUUGAGAAUUUCAGAAAUGUAGAUGAUGAGGUGAACUGUUUUCUGCUGCUCAACAUGUUUCUUCACAUAAAGUGGUGUCUCCAUUCUGUUGUGAGCUCUGAAACCGUAAAUGAUGCGACUGUCUCAUAUUUGCUCUCUAAACGGGAUACAUUGUUCAAGAAACUAGAUUAUAUUCUUCUGCCUUCUCAAGUUGGAGUGGAGAUGAAACUGGGAAAUCAACUUGCUUGUAGAGUCUGUGUAAUACUUGCUGAGCUCUGGUGCUUGUUUAGAAAAUUGAAAUACUCUUCUACUGCACUGGACGUUCUGGGUUUAUACCCACCACAAGCUACUCUUGAGAAAUUUUGGAAACUUUGUGAACAGCAGCUUGAUGUCUCUAGUGAAACUGAAGAUGAAGAUCUUAACAGAGAGUAUGUAGAAGAGACGACUCGAGAUGUUGUUAUCAUUGCUGCUGGGAAGUUGAUUACGAGCAAUGUUGUUCCCUUGGAAUAUCUAGGUCCAGAGAUCAUCUCUCAUCUUACACUGCACGGAAACAACAUAGCUGAGGUGAUCAAGCAGCUAAUUGCUGUUCUGAGGAAAAAAGAUGAGAAUGUUUUUUUAUUGUAUCUUGAAGCACUUAAAAGAGCAUACCAUCGGCAUAUGCUUCAACGUUCUAAUGACACUGAUAAAUUGUCCGUGGACAAUUCCUUUCUUGAUUGCAAGCAACUCGCUGUUCAGCUAUCAGGAACUAUCGUGGGUGCUGCUAGAAGUAAGCAUAGAUUGGACAUUCUAAAAAUGGUGAAGGCGGCUAUAGAUUAUGCUUUUAUAGACGCACCACAGCGACUGUCAUUUUUGGUUGGUGCUGUUGUCCCUUUUGUUGAGAAACUUCCAUCUACAGAUAUUCCUGACCUCUUAAAAGACAUCCAAGGACGAACGGAGAAUACAAAUACAGACGAGGAUCCUAGUGGUUGGCGACCCUAUCAUCAGUUUGUUGAGACCCUGCAAGAAAAAUGUGUGAAGAUGGAAGGUUUUGCAGGUGCUGAAGAUAAAGAAGCAACAGCUAUGAAACGCCGAGGCCGCCGACCACCUAAACAGCGUAAUCUACGUGGGAAAAAAUUGUUUGAUGAGAAAAGCUCUAGUGGGGAAGAUGAUGCAAUUAGCUCAUCUGACCAGGAAGCCCCUGAUGACGAAGAUGAGCAGGAUGAAGAAAAUACUACUUUGAUUGAUGUAAUCAAGUCAUCAUCAAAACUGCGGUCCAAAAAACUGUCCAGACCCGAGAACAGGGGCCAAAAUCCUGUUUGAGAUUCCAGGCAAGCAAUAGAAAAUCUUACAGCUUCUAGAACAACAGGGGCAUUGAACUAUAAAUGAAGCAAAUUGCUUUUGAUGUUUAAGACAAAUCAUGGGCAUGCAUAUGUGCAGGUUGUCUUUCUCCUACACGUACAUGAUUUUGUAUAUGCAAAAGCUAGCCUGGGUUUGUCGUACGAAGAUAGGUGCUGUAUUAUGCCAUGUAUGGCUGUAUAGGGUAGAGGGUGUUUCUUAUGCUUUAAUUAUUUUCUUCCAUGCUUUCUGUAAAAAUAUAAUUUCAAGUAGAAAUUAGUAGUAUUUUAUGGUGUAUAUAUUACAGGAUUAUGUUGUGUCGAAGUGUUUAUCGUACUCGUACAUACACAUUUUGUGUACACACUUGUUUUCGAUGAUCAAUUAUUUCAUCAGAAGUCUGAAUGUUUUGGUCCUUUUCCUUAUUA